CUGGAGCGGGAUGGGUGCCGCGAAUCUGGUGGCUGUCUUCUGCUGGAGCGUUGCAGCGGACGCCACCAAGGCGAUCCCCGGCAAUCUGCUGGAGGCGGUGAAAAGGAAAGAUGCCAAAAGAACUCGUCAGCUUCUUGAGCUGGGCGCCGCUUUGGCGCCCCGAGACCAGUUGCUGCGCAGUCCCUUGCACCUGAGCGCUGCGGCAGGGGAGGAACAGCUCACACGUUUGCUGUUAGCUUUCCAUGCUGAUCCAGACGUGGUGGAUGCGCAGCAACGGACGCCGCUGCACCAGGCAGCUCUGCAAGGCCACAGCGCUGUUUGCUUAGCGCUGCUACAGAACGGCGCGUCCGCCAAGCUGCGCGAUGAAGAAGGUGACAGUCCUCUCCACCUUUCUGCGCGGCCGAAGUAUGCCGCGUUGGCGCUGGCCCGGCUUCUGGCGGACGCCAUGUCGCCCACGUCGCCCACGUCGCCCACGUGGCCGGCGAACGACCGCGGGGAGACGCCGCUGCACGCCAUGGCCUUGCGGGGCCGAGCCAAGGUGGUGAGGAUGUUGCUGGCUCAAAGAGCCGAUGCCAGCGUGAAGGACAACAGGGGUUGGACCGCCCUCUCCGCCGCUGCAGCGCGCGGCCACAGCGCAACGGCACGGGUCCUGCUGGACGCCUCGCCCGUCGGACCGUCGUCUGGUGCCAGUCCGCUGGCGCUGGCAGCCAAAGCUGGGCAUGCAGAGAUGGUCCAGUUUCUUCAGCUGAAAGGUCUUCGCCAGGAUCCCUUGGAGGGCUACAGCCCCUUGGAAUGGGCCACUCGCACGGGUCACCAUGCUGUGAUGGAGCUGCUGAGUGCGGAAGCCGAUGCAGCCGAUGCAGAGCAUUGCGUGUCGAGGCCUUUGGACGUGUUGAAAAAGGAGGACGCGCCUGUGCCGAUGUUCUCGCGGAGUUCGCGCGCGGGGUCGUGA